AUGCUGCCGUCUAGUUUCCCUGGGCUGGAUAGCAGCCAGGGCCGGGCCCUGCAGUUCUUUGACAGUGUGGUCGCACCCACCCUCUCCAAAGGCAUUAGAGAUGAGUUCUGGAGGAAAACAGUUCCGCAGAUGGCCAGCACUGAGCCAGCAGUGCGCCACGCCUUGACGGCCAUCAGCACCGUCUUUGAGGUGUCUGUCGUGGGCGACCCAUCUCACAUGAACCCCGCCACAUCAGCAAUAGGCCAGAACAGACUGGCCACGGACGAGUACAACAAGGCGAUCCGACACAUGGUAAACUGCGCCGAUGACCAGCUGGCCGUAGUAGUGUGCAUAAUAUUCGUCAACCUCGAGAUCCUCCAGCAGAACCGGCUCGCUGCCGUUGAUCACUGCCGCCACGGCGUGCUCAUCAUGAACAACACCAAGACGGUGAGCCCCUGGACGCGCGACAAGAUCCUGCCCACUUUGCGCCGCCUGGCCGUGUUUCCCUACUUCUUCGGCAGCGUGCCCGACUCCUUCCCGGCUCUGUCUGAGGAUUUCCACCCGGCAGGACGCUUCCACGCCCUGGAUGACGCCGCGGCCAGCAUGGAAUCCUUGACGCCCCGUGCGAUCCGCCUCAUCCGCAGGGCUGACCCGUACCGCAUCCCUCGCGGUUGCGACGCCGGUCAGCCAGAAGAGGACUACCGGGAUCCGUACCGGGGUGGGCCCCUAAGCGGCACCCCGAUACCCGAGGACAUGCGCGCGGAACAGCAGAUGGUCCUAGAGUCGAUGCGUCGCUGGCAGGACGGCAUGCACAAAUUUCUGUCCCGAGCCGCGGCCGCAGCGACACCAAUCGACCCGGGGGAUUCGUGGAAGUCGUCCUUGCUGCAGAUGCGGUGUUUGGUCUUGCAGGUGUGGCUGACGGCGAACUACUCACCAGACGAGGGUCAGAUGGCGUUCGAUCGGCACAUUGACUCGUUCCGCAAGGUUGUAGCUCUCGGCUACGAGAUGCGCGGCAGUGGACAGGCCUCGGCAGGGCAGCGGCCAUCCAACUCGACAACGGAGCCGCCACCUCACAAGUCUGAAGCCAGCACCACCACGGCGCCUCCUGUCCAAUUCAGUUUUGCGUCAGACAUGGGCGUGCUGCCGAUCCUAUUCUUCACAGCAGUGAGGUGUCGAGUCCUGGAACUGAGGCUGCAGGCGCUGGCGCUCCUGUGGGAGCUGUCCGCCGCGCGCGAGGGCUUGUUCCGUGUCGACCGCAUGGCCUACACUGCGCGCAGGUGCGUGGAGCUGGAGCACGACGUGGAUUUGGCGCCAUGGAGGUGGCGGGACGGCGGGGAUUCCGUGCGUGAAUUUCGAAGUGUCUCUUUCGGGGAUAACCCAGCCGCGUGGUCCCACGACCCACUGAAAGCGGUACCGGAGAGAAUGAGACUGUGGGAUGCCUUGGACCCAGUCCUGAUGAAGGCGGUUCUUGGAAAAGGCGACAAUGGACUUGCCAAGAGGCAAGCUCCUGCGAGAGGCAGUAUGGCCAGGUUUGUUCGAUAUCGUGAUGGAAAACUACAACGCUGGGAGGAAAAACUCCCUAUACAGGAAUAUCGCGUAUUUGCACAUGCAAUGUAG